UUACAGACGCCACACACGAUGCAAAUGACUGUGGAAAACGAUUCUUCAGUGUCUGAGUUCAUUCUCAUGGGGCUGACAAAUCAACCCGAGCUUCAGCUGCCCUUAUUUAUUCUCUUCUUGGUGAACUACACAGCUACUGUGAUGGGCAACUUGAGCUUAAUGAAUCUCAUUUGCCUAAACUCAAACCUCCACACCCCCAUGUACUUUUUCCUCUUCAACCUGUCCUUCAUUGAUUUCUGUUAUUCAAUGGUCUUUACCCCUAAAAUGCUGAUGAGUUUUGUUUUAGAGAAGAACACUAUCUCCUUCGGAGGAUGCAUGGCUCAGCUGUUUUUCUUCCUAUUUUUUGUGAACUCUGAGAGUUAUGUGCUGACAGCCAUGGCCUAUGAUCGCUAUGUGGCCAUCUGUAAGCCCCUGCUGUACAAAGUUGUUAUGUCCCCUAAGAUCUGCUGUCUGUUGGUAUUUUGUUCUUACUUGAUGGGUUUUGCUAGUGCCUUGGCUCACACUGGGUGUAUGAUCCGACUCAGCUUUUGUGAUGCUAAUGUCAUCAACCACUACAUGUGUGACAUUUUCCCUCUCCUACCCCUCUCCUGCAGUAGCACCUAUGUCAAUGAGCUCAUGAGCUCUGUUGUGGUGGGUACAGCCAUCAUUUUGUGUUGCCUCAUUAUCUUAAUCUCAUAUGCUCUGAUCCUUUUCAAUAUCAUUCAUAGGUCAUCAGGUAAGGCUUGGUCCAAAGCCUUGAGCACUUGUGGUUCUCACAUCAUUACUGUUAGUCUCUUCUAUGGUUCUGGGCUGCUUGCUUAUAUCAAGCCAUCAUCUAAUGAAACUGUGGGUCAAGGAAAAUUUUUCUCAGUGUUUUACACUUUAUUGGUGCCCAUGCUGAAUCCUCUUAUUUAUAGCCUCAGAAACAAGGAUGUAAAAGUUGCUGUGAAGAAAACCUGGAAAAGAAUUACAAGCUGA